ACGCAUUUGAAAAUGGGGACGUAGAGACCGAGUUGCUCGUUCAACCACUCGAUGCUUCUUUCUAGAUGGCGCCAGCGUGUUGUUUGAAUGCGGGCUGACAAAAGCCAAGGAGCUACUUGCUCAAACCCAACCAUCCAGCCUUCAAACAGGACGACGUCGACCUUGUCUGGGUACACGUACUGCCAUUUGUCUUCUUCGUACCGGUCUCCAUAGCCACCGAACCGCGAUUUAUCAUAAGUGGGGAUGCCGAUUUGAGCUGUUGUUCGGUUGCUUAAUUGAGAAAGAAUACUGUGCAUCAAUGCAAUAUCAUGUGUUCCUGGAAGACCACGAUGCUGGAUGAGGGGAUUAUCGCGAUGUUUUGCAGCAAGGGCUUCUUGCCGUUCAUGAGUUAGGUAGAAAUCAUCAAUGGACAUUCCGACUACACACAGAUGAAGUUCUGUUUCGAGAGCCCGUUUCAGGUUCCGCGUAAGUGUACUCUUUCCGGAUCCCUGUGGUCCUGUAAUUCCCAGGAAGAAUGGUUUGUGUUUAUUGCGUCUUUGGGCCUCAACAAAUUCAACAACCCGAGAAGUAAUGACUUUUUGCGAAUCAGGCCCACUCUCAUUCAUUUUAGAUGCUAGAUGCAAGGAAGAUGUAGGUUUAAAUAAGAAAUAGUUAUUCGUCUGUGUUUCCGGGAAUGUCUCGGUACAAAUAGGUAACAAUUAUAAAAAAACGUGAAUUCGGGCAAUUGCCUCGUUCGUCAGCCUCCGAAUAGACGUUUAUGUUUACAACAGAAAUACAGCUUUUUGUGUCCUCUCGUGAGUUGACGGCCUCAAGAAUUUCAGUAUACGUUUUUUGUUAAUGGAUAAUGAUGUUCUGGAAGAAGAAACUACGACGGAAGAGCGACACAAUACGGCACUUGAUACAUCUUUUAUAAAUGAGCUGAAAAACUUUGAAGCAAGUAACGAAGUCAGCUUUCUUUUUUGCCCUAGGAUCGCAAAUUCAAAAGUUUUUUUGGUUUGUUUAUUUGUUUUUUAUUUCAAAAGACAAGGAACUAAAAAGUGCCGAUUGACAAAAAAAAAAUUAAUAAAAAAAUAAAAAUCAAGGACAGCAAACGCGAGUAGGGAAAACUCGACUUUUUUCAGUAUCAUCAAUUUAUUCUAUUGAUUUUUUAUUAUUAUUUUUUUAUUUUUUUAUUUUUUUGGUAUUUUCAGAGAACUAACACACAUUUCGUUUUCAUUAACAAAUUACCUUCCUACUUGAGUCACUCUUCUACAUUAACGGUAACACAAUUCUAUUUUUUCCUCAUGAGGCCUGUACCUGUUAGACUCCGGACAGAACGUCAAGAAAAACCUGGUGCUCUGAAAAAGUUGAAGGGGAACAAACUUAUCCGGCAUUAUCAUGUUCUGCUUAAACGGAAAGAACAGUUAAAACAACGAAAAGCAAAUCCAAAGGAAAUCCAAAAAGUCCAAUCCGAACUUGAUAUGCUGGGCAUUGAUGCCUAUCAAAAAGCCAGUCAGAACGGACAAAACAAAAGACGCGGAGGUGACUCAAGUGUCAUUCUCGUCGAAUAUGUCAAAUCACAAAAAUAUCCAAAAACCGUAUAUCCCAUCGACUUGCUGGAAAUAGGAUGUGUUUCUAUCGACAAUAAGUGUUCAACAUCAAAACUAUUUCGUGUUGACCGAAUUGAUCUUCACUCCACACAUCCUCUUAUCAAGCAACAAGACAUACUCGAACGCACUCCGUCAGAAGGAAUGUACGGGUGUAUCAGCUGUUCACUUGUUUUAAACUUCGCGCCGCCCGAGACUCGAGGUGACAUAUUGCUCCAUUGUACUAGGCUUUUAAAACCCCCAACAGAGCAAAUGAAGUCGUUGUUUUUUCUUGUUCUGCCCGCUCCUUGUGUGCUAAAUUCUCGCUACAUGAGUUUGGAAACAAUCUCUAAAAUGAUGGAAGACCUGGGUCUCUUUACUGUGUACACAAAAACUACUGCCAAAAUUGUCUAUCUCAUCUACGAAUACCGGAAAGAGCCAAAGUCUGUUAUCGUAUGGAAAAAGAAGGAACUCUUUAAAGGUGCAACUCGGAAUAAUUUCUUUAUUCCAUUGAACACGACUGAAGCAACACGGAGGCCUGUAAAUAAGGACGAACAAUAAUUCUCGUUUGUGUUUCUGUUAAAGUAAACAGAAUCCAGGGCAAAGUUUAGGAUGACUCAAAUUACAAUAAACAGAAACAAAAAAAAAAAACAAGUGUGGUUUAUAAGUGGAUGUCAAAUAUUUACUAUCAGAUAAAAUUCUCCUUCGAUGUACCCAAUUUAGGACCGUUUAUAUUUAUUAAUUUAUUAUGUGGAAACUCGUUAAAUUAAAGUAUUUACUAUACACGUAAUCAUAACUAUUACCAAAAGAAUAUAUCUACCCAUAUAUAGGUUAACAAAAGUCA